AGAGGCGACUGGGGCUUGGAGAGGAGGCUUAAUUUGUGUCCCUGGUAAAAGGUUGCCCUCCACUCCUGCUUCCUGUUUUGCAUGGGGGGGCCCUCCCACCCAUCCCCACUGUGGCCCUUUUCAGCAGAGCAGUCCUGACAAUGCCACAUACACCUUAUAGAGCACCUGUGUCAGGUGCUGGUGUGAGCUUUUCCCUCGUCUUGACUGAUAAAUCCUUACAACCACCCUGCAAAGUAAGGACUCUUAUUGGCUCAACAACUGAAGGAACAGCCCAGAGGGAUUGACUAACCUGCCCUGGGUCUCACAGCAAGGAAGUAGUCAAGUAGGAUUCGAACCUGGGUGGCCUGGCUCGAGCCUGGGCUUUUAACUGCCUUACGAUGCCGUUCCUUCAUGGACGUUUAGCUCAUGGCUUGAUUCCUAAAACUGGAGGAGUUUGAGCCCAUUUCCCCUCAGCUAGGGUUUCAGACCUCAGUCCUAGACUGCCCCCUACAGGCCGGCUUAGGGCCUGCAUUUGGCAUUGGCUAUGUUUAAUAACCUUUUAAAUUUCACCUUCUCAAGAGUGCCCCCUGGGGAUUUUGCUGCCUGAGGAGGAGUGAGAUGGGGCAGGGCUACCAUGAGCAGUUGUACAGGUUGUGCACUGCACGAGCUCACCCCGUCUAAGGGGCAUCAAGUUUAUUAGAUACUUCUCCAGCAGCUUCCUGUAAAGUGACUUAAGGAAGAUGCAAGAGGUCCCUUGUGAACUAAUGCAGGGCUGGGGCUGGGGUGGUGUUGGUCAGGUUGGGAGAAACCUGUCUCCUGCAACAGCAGUGGGCCUGGGGCAGGCUCCUCUGGGUGGGGCUGAGCCCUCUACUGCCACCCCUCACUCUGCUCUCUGCCCCCAGGAGUGGCUAAGCAGGUUCGGCUACCUGCCCCCGGCAGACCCUGCGACAGGGCAGCUGCAGACCCAAGAGGAGCUGUCCAAGGCCAUCGCAGCCAUGCAGCAGUUUGGCGGCCUGGAGGCCACUGGCGUCCUGGAUGAGGCCACCCUGGCACUGAUGAAGACCCCACGCUGCUCCCUCCCGGACCUCCCCACCAUGGUCCAGGCUCGAAGGAGGCGCCAGGCUCUGGCCCCAACCAAGUGGAAUAAGAGGAACCUGUCGUGGAGGGUCCGGACUUUCCCGCGGGACUCGCCCCUGGGCCGCGACACAGUGCGGGCACUCAUGUACUACGCCCUCAAGGUCUGGAGCGACAUCACGCCGCUGAACUUCCAUGAGGUGGCGGGCAGUGCCGCCGACAUCCAGAUCGACUUCUCCAAGGCGGACCACAAUGACCGCUACCCCUUCGACGGCCCCGGUGGCACUGUGGCCCACGCCUUCUUCCCUGGCGACCACCACACUGCAGGGGACACCCACUUUGAUGACGACGAGGCUUGGACCUUUCGCUCCUCAGAUGCCCUCGGGAUGGACCUGUUCGCAGUGGCCGUGCACGAGUUUGGCCACGCUGUCGGGCUGAGCCAUGUGGCUGACACGCACUCCAUCAUGAGGCCAUAUUACCAGGGCCCAGUGGGCGACCCGCUGCGCUAUGGGCUCCCCUACGAGGACAGGGUGCGCAUCUGGCAGCUGUACGGUGUGCGGGAGUCUGUGUCCCCCACAGCGCAACCGGACACUUCAGAGCCUGAGGAGCACCCCUUCCUGCCGGGGCCUCCUGACAAUCGGUCCAGCACCCUGCCCAGGAAGGACGUGCCUCACCGGUGCAACACUCACUUUGAUGCAGUGGCCCAGAUCCGCGGGGAAGCCUUCUUCUUCAAAGGCAAGUAUUUCUGGAGGCUGACACGGGACCGGCACCUGGUGUCCCUGCAGCCAGCACAAAUGCACCGCUUCUGGCGGGGCCUGCCACUGCACCUGGACAGUGUGGACGCCGUGUACGAGCGCACCAGCGACCACAAGAUUGUCUUCUUCAGAGGAGACAGAUACUGGGUGUUUAAGGACAAUAACGUAGAGGAAGGAUACCCGCGGCCCAUCUCCGACUUCAGCCUCCCGCCGGGCGGCAUCGAUGCUGCCUUCUCCUGGGCCCACAAUGACAGGACUUAUUUCUUUAAGGACCAGCUGUACUGGCGCUACGAUGACCACACACGGCGCAUGGACCCUGGCUACCCUGCCCAGAGCCCCCUGUGGAGGGGCGUCCCCAGCAGACUGGAUGAUGCCAUGCGCUGGUCUGAUGGUGCCUCCUACUUCUUCCAUGGCCAAGAGUACUGGAAAGUGGUGGACGGUGAGCUGGAGGUGGCGCCCGGGUACCCAAGAUCCACAGCCCGGGACUGGCUGGUCUGCGGAGACUGGCAGGCGGACGGUUCCGAGGGAGCAGGCGUGGACAGGCCAGAUGGGGCCCUUGCCCGGCCGGGACAACAUGACCAGAGCCGCUCUGAGGACGGCUAUGAGGUCUGCUCCUGCACUGCCCGUGCCUCCCCACCCCUGGGGGCCCCGCGCCCGCUGCUGGCCACCCUGCUGCCACUACUGCUGCUGUGCACAGCAGCCCAGGCCCUGGCGCUAUGACGGCUGGCAUUGGCCUGGGGAAGGACAGAGGAGUCGGGAGGUGCGAGGAUGGUGUCCUGCCCCUCCACACCUGGAGCAAGGGGUGCAUGGAAGUGGACCCAGUCUUGCCGACGGGAUGGGCCACCUACCUGAGAGCAGAGGGAAGGGGCCGGGUCAGGAAGACUGUCCAGGCAGGGCUUGGGGCGGGAGCUGCCACGCCAGCUGGCAAGUGACUGGACCACUCAGAACUGCACUGGUGAGCAGAGGGGGCUCCCCUGUCAGCUGCACACCGGCCUGGAAAGAGGAGCUGGAAGGAAGUCACCUCUCUGGAGCUGGCACCACCAACUCUCCCUGUGGGUGCACACUGCCACCCCUGGUGCUUCCGUCCCAGGUCCCCCAUGGGCCUGCUGCUGCCUUGCUCAGGGCAGCCCCCCUGACAGACGAACCCCCGAGCAGGGACCACACCCGUCUCUCCGUGACACAUUUCAGACAAACAUGACCUCUCCUUGCUUUGUAA